CGGCUGGUUCAGUCCCUGCCCUGGCCGGGUUUAGUUGCGCUCCGCCGCGCACGGUGCCGGGCUGCUGCCGCUGCUCCUUUCCCCGCGCUGCUGGAGCGCUGCCUGGGGGAGGCGGCUGCUCCCCCUGCCCCCGGGGCUCGGAUGGACGCAGUGGUCCUGGGCAGCGGCCCCGGGCUGCUGCUGGCGCUGGGCCUAGCAGUUUUCAACUGUGUGGUUGCCAGCUGGAACGUGACUGCUGACUACGGAGUGAAGAAGCCCGUAUGCAGCUUUCCGGAGGAAUGUACAGAUAAUAUCACGCAGUUGCGGCGGAGAGGGCACUUUUCUAAGUGCCCCGAGGAAUACAAGCAUUACUGUGUCAAAGGGCGAUGUCGAUAUGUCAUGUCGGAAGAGAUACCAGCUUGCGUCUGCGAGAAAGGCUACACAGGCGCAAGAUGCGAGCGAGUGGACAUAUUCUACUUGAGAGGAGAUCAAGGCCAGAUGGUAGUGAUUUGCUUGAUCGUCGCCAUGGUGGCGCUGAUCGGCCUGGUAAUAUGCAUAUGCAUGUGCAGUCAUCACUGUCGGAAGCGCCGCAGGAGGAGCAAGGAAGAAGAAAUGGAAACAUUGGAGAAAGAUUUGCCUACCAAACAGGAGGAUGUCCUAGAGACGGACAUUGCAUGAAGGUUACUGAAGGCACCUGCGGGCAGGUUCCACACAGCACAAUGUCUUGCUCUAUGGGAGAGGGACACAGAAGGGCUAUUGCCCAGAUAAUAAAUGCAGAUGAAUAACAGGUGUUUUUACAUUGUUUAUUUGUAGCUAUGUCUUGUGAAAACAAAGGGCACAAGCACCAUUGAAAGUCUUCUCCUAAAUCUUUUAGCCUUAAUACGUUUUAUCAAGUGUAGCUAAUGUUUAUCAGAAUAACUGAUAGGUUUUUCGUAGCAAAUUAAUGAGUUAUGGUUCUGGCAUAUGUAAAGAGUAUUUUGUGUCAGGGGUUCCCAAUCCAUGUUACUGUUUGAUCACAUGCCAUUGCUUCCACAGAACUCUGCCUCAUUCAGUGCACAGGAUGGACUGUGCACUAGGAAAGAAACAUGGUUAUGUAGUGAAGGAGGCUGUUGUCUGUCGGGCCCCUGCCUCGCUUGUAGCAGUUGAAAGGUGUGUAGUGGAUGAGGCAGGAAUUACAGGGAGAGAAGGAAUGGGCUCCUGGUGAAGGCAGUUGGAUGCUGCCCUGGAGAAUUGGAUUCUAGCCCUUCCUUUGCCACAGAAUUCCUAUGUGAUGCUGGACGAGUCACUUACACCAAAAUGCUCAGUUGGCCAUGAAUUGUGUUUCCUGUUUUCUGGGUGCCCUGUUGGAGAUACCUGGGACCAGAUUUGCAGAAGUGCUGAGCACUCAGAUCUGCAGCUGAAAUUAGUUGGAGUUGUGCUUUCAACAUCUCCAAUGCUGUAUAAUGCUAAGUUCUCUGGAAGAUCACAUGGUGGGCCUCGCAAACUGGGCACCCAAAGUUAAUGGAUACUCGAUAAUGAUCUUAAUCUCUUUGCCUCGGAUCCCCAGCUGUAAAACUGUAGUCCCCGCCCCGAAGCACGGAGGCACUAGUGUCAAUUUAACAGCUGUAAGAAUUUUUUUUAACUUGGGCAAAACAAAAUUUUUCCUAAUCUUGUCAUCAGAAACAGCUGAACCAUUUUAGCUGAAACUUUCCAAAAUAGAAACACCCAGCAUGGAAAGUCUCGGACCAAACAGUUAGUCUUACAAAGUUACAAGUAACUGAAAACAAUCGUAUAAGGGAAAGUAUAGGUAGGCAUGGCAGUAUUAGACUUUUAUUUUUGAUUUUUACGGGUGGUAAUGUUUAUUUUUAAGAAUAUUUUUCCAAUUUUUAUCUAUUUCAGUUUUCAGUUGUGGGAAAUUAUGGGAAGGCCAGAUAAUAGGAGGGGCCAGACAAUAAAUAUUUAAUCGGUAGAUCUUGAGAUUCAAAAAGCUAGUUUUAUAACCAUUAAAGCACACAUUGUCAACAUCACAUGCCAAAAUAUACAAAGUAAAUAUCCUUACAUUAAACUCUAAGUUCCCAGCA